AUGGCUACGGGAGAAGCCCCAGACUACCAGUCCUCGGACCUGGAAAGUGCCAAAGAAGGCGCGACGGUCGCAGACGUCCCUGUCAUGACGAGCAGCGUCGAGACCGGCAACUCAGAAGAGCAUCCAACCAAUUUCUUCACCCGCUUCCUGCUUCGAAGCCGACAGAUAGAAGAUUGGAUGGACAAGAAACUGGGUGUCGAGCAAGAUGCCAUCCAGAGAGUUCCCACAGAAGACCGCAAGCCCCCCAGCAAGUUCAACAUGGUGUUCUUGUGGUUCUCCAUGCUCUUGAGUCCAACCUUGAUCAGUAUCGGCUUGCUUGGACCUCUAUUCGGGCUUUCAGUGACCGAUUCGGCCAUCCUCACCGUUUUUGCUUCCAUGUUGGGGGCCGUCAUCCCGUCUUUCACGGCGACCCUAUGCCCUCCCUCUGGCCUUCGACAAAUUGCCUUCAGCCGGUUCGCGUUCGGCAUCUGGGGUGCUAGAGUCUGCGGGCUACUCAACAUCGUGGUCAACAUCGGAUUCGGCAUAGUCAACUGCAUUCUCGCGGGUCAAUUGAUUUCUGCCGUUAGCGGUUACUCGGUCCCGCUGGCCACGGGUAUCGUCAUCAUCCCAGUGUUGGGAUUCAUCAUUUCUCUCUUUGGCUUCACUGUCAUCCAUCGAUGGGAGUCGGUUGCCUGGAUCAUCGUCCUCAUCCUGCUAUGCGUGGAAUGGGGCCAGUCAGCCAAAUACUAUUCGCCGACACCGGGCCUGUCACAGCUCCAUGGCAUUGAUAAAAGCGGCGCCGCGCUUUCAUUCUUUGCCAGUGUAUUUGGUACAUGCGCCGCUUGGUGUUCCAUGUCAGGCGACUAUUAUGUCCACUAUCCAGCAAACAUCGACAAGCGCUUGGUGUUCGGCCUUACCUGGAUUGGCCUUACUGUUCCCAGUGUUUUCGUCGGUCUUCUCGGUGUCUUUUAUGGUGGAAUCAUCGUGAGCGACGAGGCUAUGGCGAAUAUAUACUACGAAGGUGGUAUCGGAGCUUUGAUCCUGGCAACCAUGCGGCCCUCAGGAUGGGCCAAGUUUGUCAGUGUCAUCUACGCACUGUCGUUCCUGUCGAACCUGGUGGGGAUCCUGUAUUCCAGCUCCCUCUCCAUCCAAAUCUGGGGCAAAUACUGGAUGGCCGUUCCGAGAUACUUUUGGAACUUUUUGCUCGCUGCAAUCACCCUCGCCGCGGCGUGGGGAGGACGCAACGUUCUAGAAGACAUUCUGAACAACUUCCUUGUCCUUUUGGGUUAUUGGACCAUCGCCUUUGGUGAAAUCCUGGCCAUUGAACAUUACUACUUCCGACCAAGAAUCGGUGGCUACGACUACGACACUUGGAAUGAUCCCAAAAAGAUCCCACUCGGCAUUGGAGGCCUUGGAACGCUAUUGAUAAGCUUCGGCUGUUCUUUCAUCGGAAUGAACCAAGUCUGGUACGCCGGUCCUGUUGCAAAGUUGAUCGGGGUUGCGGGAGGCGACGUGGGAGACGAAUUUGUGGUGGUGACUACUGCGAUUUUCUACCCAAUCCUUCGCAGUUUGGAACUCAAAUUCAUUGGAAGAUGA